AUGUCUCGCUCUUCAAGUUCAUCAGAGGAUGAAAAGGCCGGAACUCUACCAGAUUCCCAACAUGAAUCCAACACCGAUUCCAGCCGCCUCCACGCCCUCGAGCAACUAGAGAUCCUCCCCCAAAUCCUUCAAGAAGGAAUCCUAUUCGCCGGUUCCGGCGCAGCCCUUCUCCUCCAAGCAGCGAUGCCCGAAAUCCGCAAAAAAGAAAGCAAAAAUGAAAAUGAAAACCCACAGGAUCUAGCUACAGAACUCCUCGACGCCCUUCAAGCCCACAUAAGCUACACCUCAACUCUAGUCUUCGGCACCCGCGCCGAACGCAAAGCUCUCCUAGAACUGUUACACAAUGAAGCCACCAGUCUAAGCGGACGUAACAACCGAUUCGCCGACCACCCACCUCUCCAACUCUGGAUGGCCGCAACGUUGUACGCCACCGCAACAGACUUCUACCAACGCGUCUACGGCCGAGUCAACUACCAAACAGCCCAACAAGGCUACUCCGAGUUUACACUAUUAAUAAACUGCCUCGGUAUACCAACAGGUACCUGGCCCGAGACCAGGCAGAAGUUCUGGUCGUACUGGGAUGAUCAAGUAGGAAAGUUAGUUGUGUCGCCUGAUGCGGCGCGGUUUGCGAGGGAUUUGAGGGAGAGUACUGAUAUGCCGAAGUGGGUGCAGAGGAUUAAACCGUUUUGGCGCGUUGUUACUAUUGAGAUGUUGCCGCCGAGGUUGAGAGAGGCUUAUGGGCUGAGGUCGACAAGGACUACGAGGACUUUGUAUAGGACUUGGAUGGGGUUCUCGGUGGCUGUUUAUCCGGCUAUGCCUAGUAAGGUGCGGGCUUAUCCGUUGAGGUAUUAUCAGGAUAGACUCAGAGAGAAGUUGAAUGUAGCUUGA